GUUCAUGCUGAAAGCAAGGCCACAGAGGAAUUCAUUGUUUCUUCAGUGUUCUUUGGUGUCUCUUCACACUUCGGAGGUUGGCUUCAGUGAGCGCUCCAGAGCCAGAGCUGCAAGCAAUGUGGGGCACAGGAGGCAUAAACCGGGCCGGGGCAGCGGUGCCGACCUUCCUGCGGACCCCCGCGGUGAUCCAGCCUCACCUGGACAUGAAGCCCUUCCUGCAGUUCCCCAUAGAGACGCCGCCGCCUCCGCACAGCAUGAGCCUCUUCCACAACUUCAACACGAUGGACCCAGUACAGAAGGCGGUGAUCAACCACACCUUCGGAGUUCCUCUGAUCAAGACCAAGCGACCAGUCAUCUCCUGUAAUGUCUGCCAGAUCCGGUUCAACUCGGAGAGCCAGGCAGAAGCACAUUACAAAGGGAACCGCCAUGCCAGGAGAGUCAAAGGCAUAGAGACCUCCAAGAGUCGCCCGCAGGAGGGGGACAAGCCCAGUGCCGCGCCCCCCGCCUCCUCCCCGUCCCCGUCCGGAGCCCCUGGCGCCGGCCCAGACAGCGAGCCCAGCAGAGCGGACGAAACGCGGCCGUUGCCGCAGCUAAACGGGCCCCUGCUGGCCCCGGGGCCCCUGCCUGCCGUCACCACCCCCCCCCCCCCACCCAUGGAUGCGCCAGUGUCCUCCGUGUGCCCCCUCCUGGACCCACACCCUCCCCUCACGCCCCCCUCUCCAGGCAACUCAGAGCAAUCGGCACCAGGAGCCCCCCCGGCCCCGGGUGCCGCCGGGCCCCCGGCCUCCAGCAGCCCAUCCAACCCGGAGACGGAGGAGGACAAGGCCAAGAAGCUGCUGUACUGCUCGCUGUGCAAGGUGGCGGUCAACUCCUUGUCACAGCUGGAGGCCCAUAACAAAGGUACCAAACACAAAACCAUCCUGGAGGCCCGGAGCGGGCUGGGCCCUAUCAAGGCGUACCCACGCUUAGGCCCCAAGCCCAGUGGAGAGCAGGGGGGACCAGUGGACCCCAACACUCAGGAACGAACCUUCCACUGUGAGAUCUGCAACGUGCGGGUCAACUCUGAACUGCAACUCAAACAGCACAUAUCAAGUCGAAGGCACCGGGACGGGAUGGCAGGCAAGCCGAACCCCCUCCUCAGUCGACACAAGAAGCACAGGGGCGCUGAUCCCACGUCUUCACUGACCUUCUCCAAGGAUCUCACCAAAGCUUUGGGUGCGGGGCUUCUGCCCAACCCCCUGGCAGUUGCCGCAGCGAUGGCCGCCGCGGCCUCCUCCAACCCGCUAGCGCUGCGCGCGGCAGCUCCGGUGCCUCACCCGCACCAUCACCUGCUGCAAGGCCCGCCCCUCAGUCACGCCAUCCUAAGACCCGCCCCCGGGCCCAUACGCACCGCGCACGGGCCCAUCCUCUUCUCGCCGUACUGACACAUCACCCCCUGACUCCGUCCGGUCAGGGACGGCCUCCCCAAAAGCACACUGUGAAGCUACGAACACGAUCGACGAGCAGCGAGCGAGAAGGGACAGACAUCCAUCCAUUUCAAAGAGACGCACGGGACAGGAGCAGAAACGAGCGUCUCCCUUUAUCUGAAGCUCUCCCUCCAUUUCAAAGACUUCGGAACCAUCUGUUGACGGAAUGAGCCGAGGAGAGAUACUCAUUAUGCAUUGGACUCACUUGUACAUCUCUCACCUCCUCUGGUCCUUCUCCAUUGCACUAUGCCCCCCCCCCCCCCCAUCAUGGCUGCAACGAUAGCUACAGAAGAAACACACGCAGACCUUUCAAGAAACAUCAAAUCACAUUGAGUGUUACGUAACAAUUCGGGGCCAGGUCGGGCUUCUCCUGUCAUCAUGGCUCAACGUGUUCCUCUCAUCCUAUGCACUUCGAAAAGCCAAGACAAUAAUGUUAUGUCAGUAGGGUAGCCGCUUCCAUCCGUCUUUGCUACGUGCGCCACAUGCAGCCUCCACAGUUCCGCACACGACCCCCCUCUGCACCGGAGGUCGGCCGGUGUGGGGGGGGGGGGGGGACUCUCCUGUCAUUUCCUGAGAGGGAGAGGUGAGAAGGGGGCGGGCGCAGGUCGGCGGAGGGACGGGCCCCAGGCAGCAUGCAGACACGCACGGGCCUGAGCCGCUCCGUUCUAAAAUAGAGCGGAGCGAGAACCGUCGCCACGAGGCCCGUCUGACAGCCUUCAUAGCAGUCAGAGAGGAGCCUCGCCGAAGGGGGGGAGUCACAGCAGCAGUCUCACGUUGGUACAUCCACUACUGUACCGCCACAUUUAGCACAUUUCAGUUUGUUCCGUGUCCGAAUUCUGUGCGUUUGCUUGCAUUUAAAGGAAGAAACUGGGCUCCAUAUUUGUUUGUCAAGAAUUGAUACUGACACCCAUCCUGCACAUGUGCCUGUUCCUCAUGCGCAGCCUGGCUCAGUGUGUAGAUGUACAGCGUUCUACAGGUGUGGCCCCGCGUACUGACUGUUUAAUGUUUCUGCAUGCAGCCGAGCAAUAAGGUCCUGCAGGGUCAGCCUCCUGCCCCUGUGCGUUCCCUCCCCUGCCCUGCCCCCCUCCACGCCACCUCUCCCACCCCCAAAGGUUGGGACGUAGUGCUGAAAGGGAACGUAAUGAAGAGGGACGGACAGAAGCCAAAUACUUUCUCCGAGAAGUGAUUCUGAGCGGGAGUGACAAGCGAGCCAGAACCCUGCAAGGCCACUGGGAGCGGGAGCCGAGGCGUCGAUCAAUACUUCCUGUCUCACAACUGAAAGCCAUGAACGCACCAUCAUUUGUUUUCUAUUGCAAAGACUGGGAAGCACUUUGUUUUAGUUUGGGUUUGGACUGUUGCACGAAAAGCAAAAUAUAGAACACGAUAUUAUAUUUUUAUGGGUGAGAAAUGUUAAAACCUGCGUCAGCGAAGGGAAAAAGGGGCCGAGUGAGCGAGGGCUCCGGCUGAAAGCAGCAGAAACCAUGAGCCCUUUUCUGAACGAGAUGUACACUGUGCCCUUUCAUUGAGACGCCAUGAUCUCUAAUGUCUUACCUUUGUCUGAAUAUUGCAAUGCAAUGAGCAAUUUUUAUCAGAGUGACUUGUUAUCAUGUGACAUGUUGUGACAUGUUGUCUGGAGUCGCGUGGAAACUGGGAGCACGCCAGCUGACAGGCUUUUUUGUUCUUCCAUGAGGAGCUCGUGAAGGGACUGAGAGACAGAUGAGCAGAUGGGUCUAGGGACCGACCCUUCAUAUUAAAGGGUCUUUUUACUAUGCUUGGGGAACAGGGUACAAUACCAGGUAUUAAGGGAUUCAAGUUGAUGUGUUCAGACUAAUUCUAUUAGAUAAACUUAGUGAGUUGGGUUUUUUUUUCCUCCCGCGGUUGAGACUGAGGAGCGCUAUCGAAGCCCUCGCUCACCGAACAGGCUGGCUUGGUGUCAGCUUCCACCGCCGUGCUCUUUUUGUUGCCGAGUCCAUUUCGCGAGUGAGAUGCUGUUCCGGGAUCUGUGCUCUACUUCCUGUUGGUGUGUGUACCAUAUGUAUUCUAGUGUGUGUUGGGACCCGCCCCUCUCCCCGCAUCCCACCAAUCCGAGACAGAGGCAACCUGGAAGUACAAAGUGGCCUAACACAGUAGCGGAGACGAGACCCUGCAUGUUAGCUUUGGUCGGCCUGGACUCGAUGGAUGACCAAACCUAAGCAUCCUGUCCCUGGUAGAUCAGUCACGUAGGAGCACCACAGGCAUGUUCACGUGGUCUGUGACGUGUUCAGACUGUGGUUUAUUCCCAUUGAUUCAUUCUCAUUAUUCACUUAUGGGAAGUAAAUGUUAGAUUCCUAUUUUCCGGGCAGGUAUUUCAUGUUAGCUGUGUUUAGGCUAAUAGCCUUAGCCUUAUUCUGCCCUCAGCCUCUCCCAGAGCUGAACGAGAGAGAUGGAGAGGCUACGGUGUAAUUUUGUCUUGCCAAUAAAGUUAUUUUUGAAUUUCAUGGUCAGAGGGAGAGAGAGUUUGUAGGGCAAACUGUAGCAAUACCUGACUUAUUCUGGCUAGUCUUGUUUUUUGCAAUAAGAAAAUUAAACAAUAAAUGUGUAUGUGAGUAAAACAUUAUAGAUGUAAUUUAAUGAAAAAGAAACUCUAUGGUAAAUACUACUGGUAUCAAGCGAAACCAUGGUGGAAACAAAGUAAAUGUCAAUAAAUCAUUCAAUCAA